UUCAGCUGGGGCCGCCGCCUCCUAAACCCAGUUUCACCAGCCCACGUGCGCGCAGGCUCCGCCCCCAGUCCCUGAGGUCCCGAGUCGAGGUCCGCCGAGAUCCCACUAUGCACCGUGUCGCAAGCCUCUUCCGCACCCACAGUGACUUUUCACUUCCGCUUUUCCCGCCUCCGUUUUGACUUUGCAACCAAACUACCUGUGCUGGUGACCGACAGGGAAGUGCGACCAAUAGGAAGCCCAGAUGUCCAGGAAGAGUCCGCCUAUCAGCCAAUGAAGAGACAGCAGUGAGAGCGGUUGCGCAGUGAAGGCUAGACCCGGUUUACUGGAAUUGCUCCGGCGAUCGAGGGGUCCUAGUACACCGCAAUCAUGUCUAUUAUGUCCUAUAACGGAGGGGCCGUCAUGGCCAUGAAGGGGAAGAACUGUGUGGCCAUCGCUGCAGACAGGCGCUUCGGGAUCCAGGCCCAGAUGGUGACCACGGACUUCCAGAAGAUCUUUCCCAUGGGUGACCGGCUGUACAUCGGUCUGGCCGGGCUCGCCACUGACGUCCAGACAGUUGCCCAGCGCCUCAAGUUCCGGCUGAACCUGUAUGAGUUGAAGGAAGGUCGGCAGAUCAAACCUUAUACCCUCAUGAGCCUGGUGGCCAACCUCUUGUAUGAGAAACGGUUUGGCCCCUACUACACUGAGCCAGUCAUUGCCGGGUUGGACCCGAAGACCUUUAAGCCCUUCAUUUGCUCUCUAGACCUCAUCGGGUGCCCCAUGGUGACUGACGACUUUGUGGUCAGUGGCACCUGCGCCGAACAAAUGUACGGAAUGUGUGAGUCCCUCUGGGAGCCCAACAUGGAUCCGGAACACCUGUUUGAAACCAUCUCCCAAGCCAUGCUGAAUGCUGUGGACCGGGAUGCAGUGUCAGGCAUGGGAGUCAUUGUCCACAUCAUCGAGAAGGACAAAAUCACCACCAGGACACUGAAGGCCCGAAUGGACUAACCCUGUUCCCAGAGCCCACUUUUUUUUCUUUUUUUGAAAUAAAAUAGUCUGUCUUUCA